CUUCAACAAAAAUCAAUUUUGUUUAUUCUACUUCUCUAUCAAAUUUGAAUCAAAACGAUUACUCCAACAUGUUGUUUUGAGAAAACGACACAAUCGACCCAAACGUUGGUAUGAGAUGAUUGCGAGAUAGAUGAAAAAGGAAAAUGAUACAAAUGUGAAUUUGUAUGGGUGAGUAAGAAAAGAUUCUAGAAAUCUACAGACACCAAAUAUCGAAGAUUCCAAAUGCACAAUUUCAUCGUCGGAAUCAAAUGGUGGAGGAAUGGAAGAAAUUAAAGGGUAGGAUAUCCUAUCACCUUUUGGAGUUCCAAUAAGUCUAAGUUAAACCUCUAGUUAUCUUCCCCGUCGGAUUUGAGCUUCAGUUCGUAUAAAUCUCCACUCAAUUUUUACAUUUGUCCUCUUCGGGCGAGUAAGAUUCAAGUUGAAAUAGGCAGAUAAAUGAUGAUGAUACCUCUCAAGGAUUUGGUGCCAGCAGCCCAGAACAAAGUGAAUACACAAUUCAUAGUUUUGGAGAAAGGCAUGACAACGAUGGAAGGACAAAACAAAGUAUGCCAAUCACUGGUGGCCGACGAGACAGCAGCGGUUCACUUCCAGCUAUGGGGAGAUGAGUGCGAUGUCGUUGAGCCGAGUGACAUUAUACGGUUAACGAAUGGGAUAUUUUCGUACAGUCGAAACAAUAAUCUGGUGCUGAGGGCAGGGAAGAGAGGGAAGAUUGAGAAGGUAGGAGAGUUCAAGAUGGUGUUUGUAGAGACACCAAAUAUGAGUGAGAUCCACUGGGUUCCAGACACCAUUAACUCCAACAAGUAUGUGAAAGAAUCUGUUUUAUCUCCUUAUUCUCGCAUCUUUCCUCCCAUUCGUUGAUAGUCUUAUGGUGGUUGUAGACCAAACUUGAGAAAGAAAGGUCAAGGAAUUAGUAGAUUUUUGAAGAUGCAUUUCGCAUUAUGUUUGUAAUGGUGUGGAAGAAGUGAAAAUUGGAUAGAUUUAAUAUGCGGAUUAAAUUUAUUUUUUAAAUUUUCUAAUUGAAUUGAAACCAUAAAAUUAGAUAAUA